AUGCAUAUGCAGGAGGAAGAUACCUUGGAUCAGUACGUCGGAAAGCUUAACAGCAUGUCCGUCAAGUAUGCAAACUUGGGGGCAACGCUCGACGACGCUGCAUUGGUCAAGAAACUAUUCGACACCGUGCCAGAUCAUUUCCUCAGUGUGAUCGCCAGGAUCGAGCAGUUCCAUGACCUCAACACCAUGUCAUUCGAGGAAGCUGUGGGGUGGCUGAAGACAUAUGAAGAGCGUGCACGCACGCGUGCAUCCAGUGGCAGUAGCGUUCGCGACGUCCAGCUCCUGCUCACUCAGGCUGAGUGGCAGGCACGGCAAAAGAAGGACAGCAACGAUUCCUCAUUGAGCAGCAAGGGCAAGUUCCACGCUCCUGCAGAGAACAGCAACCGUGGUGGGGGUGGUCAUGUAUGUGGCAGAGGCCAUGGCAGAGAUGGACGUGGUGGGGCAUCACGCACUGACAAGGAGAGCGACUCAAGCGACGGUCACCGCAACAAGAGCCACAUCAAGUGCUACAAUUGCUACAAGAUGGGGCACUACGCGAACGAAUGCAUGGCACCAAAGAAGAAGGAGGAGACACACCUCACACGUACUGAUGACACUGAGCUGGCUUUACUGCUUGCAAUGUCGGAGGAGGUACUGGGGCUGCAGCAAAGGCAGGAUGCUGUGUUGUUGAAUGAGGAGAAGUUGACGCUGGAACUGCGCGACACCAUGGAGGGAGGCUCCAGCUCUAAGGUAUGGUACCUGAACAAUGGAGCCAAUAAUAAAAUGACCAGUGAUAAAGAGAAGUUCAGAGAGCUGGAUGAAGGUGUUACUAGCAAGAUGAUGUUCGGGGAUGGCUCCACAGUGUAG